UAAAUUGUUUGGGGUUUUAGAGUGACUCGGUUGGCACCCGUGUCGCACGUUCUGUCUCUAUCGCACCCACUCGCACUCUCGAUCCAGCCAUCUCGUUCCACACCAACUGACACGUUUUCUGUCAACAACAUAACCUCAAAAUGGAAGACAACGCGAUAAAAGUCGGCGAUUUUGUUAUAGUGCAGCGCCAGGGCUACACCAAACUCCACAAACUGAAAGAGCAUGGGACUCUCUCGCUUGGUAGUUUCAACAUGGAAAUGGACAACAUCGUGGGUGAAAAAUACUCCGACACUUUCCAGAUGAAGAAUUACCCCGGGAGCAAGAAACUCUUCACUUUGGAAAAAGUGGACGAAAUUCCGUCCGUCUUGUCGAUUAAUAUAGAGAAAAGCGGCGCUGAUAAUCGCAACAUCACCGACGACGGGCAAUCCCAAAACCUCACGACUGAAGAAAUCGCCAAACUCAAGUCUGAAGAACUCAACUCCAACAACAUCGUGGGUAAAUUGAUCACAAACUCGAGGACUUUCAACGAAAAAACUGAAUACAGUCAGGAGAAAUAUAUGAAGAAGAAGGAGAAGAAGUAUUUCGAGUAUGUACAAAUCAGGCGCCCGACGAUCCGGCUUUUAGCCACCAUGUUCUACCGACAAGACCCUACGAAGACGCUUGGUAUCCGCAGCGACGACUUGUCUCAGAUCAUUACUUAUUCCAAUGUUCAAGCGCAAGGUACGCACUUACUGUACGACAGCGGCACUUCCGGUCUACUUCCAGCCGCCCUCCUCAACCAAAUCGGGGCUCAAAACCCCGCCCACCUCGUGCACGUCCACCCAGGCAACGAAUGCCAGAAAAGCGCCAUCGUGGCAAUGAACUUCCCCCAGGAGCAGCUCGCCAGAUGCAUCAACGUCAACUUAUACUCAGUCCUGCGGUGCUUCUACCAAAACAAAGACGCUUAUAAUAGUGAGCCCCAGUGCAAAAAAAUCAAACUCGACGACUCCGCCCCCAAGAAACCGGGUUGGCAAAUCGAGAACGAGAAGGCGUGUCGUUUGUUGGAGGUGGGCGUGGACUCGCUGGUCGUCGCCGCGAAGGAACACCCCGUUUCGAUAGUCGACCAAUUAGUGAGGUUCCUGAAAGGGGGGCGUUACCUGGUCGUUUUUAGUGCGACGCGCGAACCGUUGCAAGAUUUGUACAACCACCUUAAGGAAAGACUCGAUUUUAUUUAUAUCCGGAUUGUGAGUAAUUUCAUGAGGAGUUACCAAGUGUUGCCUGAUAGGACGCACCCUGAGGUGAAUAUGACGUCAGGGGGGUACGUUUUGACGGGGUUUAAGUUGGUUUCGUAAUAAUAAUAAACGACUCACCUGUGAGAAAAAUUGUUGAA